AUGUCCACGAGCUCAGCUACCCAUCGUACGCUGGGUAAAGAUGGUCCGUCAGUGCCACCAUUGGGCCUCGGACUCAUGGGCUUGUCUGGAGGCUAUGGCAAAGCACCUCCCGAUGAAGAAAGAUUUAAGUUUUUGGACAGAGCUGUUCAACUUGGAGCGACUUUCUGGGAUACCUCUGACCUGUAUGGAGACAACGAGGCCAUGCUCGGGAAAUGGUUCAAGCAGACCGGCAAACGCAAUGAGAUCUUCCUUGCGUCCAAGUUCGGAAUUAGCAUGAAGUCUAGGGAUGUCGCCAGCUUCGUGAUUGACAGUUCCCCUGAGAAUUGCAAGAAAUGCUGUAAUGGUAGCCUGGAGAGACUGGGUGUUGACUGCCUUGAUCUAUACUACGCUCAUCGGGUGAAUCCUGAUAUCCCUAUCGAAAGCACCAUGAGAGCUAUGGCCGAGCUCAAAGCAGAAGGCAAAAUCAAAAAUAUUGGCCUGUGUGGAGUGAGCUCAGCAACUCUACGUCGAGCCUGCAAAGUCGCUCCAGUAGCUGCAAUCCAGAUGGAAUACUCGCCCUUCUCUCUCGACAUCGAACAAGAGAAAGGCACCUACCUUCUGCAAACUUGCCGCGAGCUUGGUGUAGCAGUCGUCUGUUACUCACCUCUGGGCCGGGGCCUCCUGACCGGAGCCUUCUUGACACAGGAGUCGGUCAGCGGAGCAGGCGACAACCGUGCCAAAGUCUUCCCUCGAUUCAGUGAAGAGAACAUCGCUGCCAACGCUAAAUUGGUCAACCAAUUCAAAGCUCUCGCCGACAAGAAGGGAUGCACCACGUCGCAGCUUGCACUAGCUUGGCUCCGAGCACAGAAUGGCAUCGUCAUACCGACCCCAGGGACCAAGAAAAUCAAGUACUUGGAAGAGAACUGGGCGUCACUCGACGUGCAGUUGACAAGCGAGGAGGAGGAGGAGAUCCGGGCUUUCGUCAAUAGUGUGGAGGUCAUGGGCGGCAGGGAGCCUCCAUCGGGCGAAGGGUAUGGCUUCGUGGAUACUAGAGAAGAGGCCUAG